AUGAACGGCUCCUUCUUCGACCAAGCCCAGGGCGCACUAUUCAACAGGAGCCAAGUCCUCGCCGGCACUCUGGUGAACUGCUGCAACGGGACCGACGUGGCAACCAGUGACGGCGGCUCGCUGACGCUACCUCCGGACGAGCGGAAACUCUUCAUCAGUCGUGUCGUACAGAUCGCCGUCCUGUGCGUACUAUCGCUCACCGUCAUGUUCGGCAUCUUUUUCCUCGGCUGCAACCUCAUGAUCAAAUCGGAGAGUAUGAUUAACUUUCUGGUGAAGGAGCGGAGACCUUCUAAAGACGUAGAGGCGCCGGUGAUGAUAGGACUCAGCUAG